GCUGGUCCUCGGGGCGCCCGGCAGCCGCGGCUCCAGGGCCCAGCAUGCGCGGGGGGCCCCGCGGCCACCAUGUACGUGGGCUAUGUGCUGGACAAGGACUCUCCCGUGUACCCCGGCCCUGCCAGGCCCCCCAGCCUCGGCCUGGGCCCCCAGGCCUACGGUCCCCCGGCCCCACACCCUGCACCCCCGCAGUACCCCGACUUCGCCAGCUACACUCACGUGGAGCCGCCCCCCGCGCCCCCUCCGGCCUGGGGCGCGCCCUUUCCUGCGCCCAAGGACGACUGGACGGCGGCCUACGGCCCUGGGCCUGCGGCCCCAGCGGCCAACCCAGCCCCGCUGGCAUUCGGGCCCCCUCCGGACUUUAGCCCGGUGCCCGCACCCCCCGGGCCGGGCCCGGGCCUCCUGGCGCAGCCCCUGGGCGGCGCGGGCGCCCCGUCCUCCCCGGGGGCGCAGCGGCGGACGCCCUACGAGUGGAUGCGUCGCAGCGUGGCGGCCGGAGGCGGCGGCGGCAGCGGUAAGACUCGGACCAAGGACAAAUACCGUGUGGUCUACACGGACCACCAGCGCCUGGAACUGGAGAAGGAGUUUCAUUACAGCCGCUACAUCACCAUCCGGAGGAAGUCAGAGUUGGCCGCCAAUCUGGGGCUCACUGAGCGGCAGGUGAAGAUCUGGUUCCAGAACCGGCGGGCCAAGGAGCGCAAAGUGAACAAGAAGAAGCAGCAGCAGCCACCACCUCCACCCCAGCAGCUGCCCCCAGUACUGGCCAGCACCCCUGCGCCUGCUGGCGCACCUCUAGGAAGCCUGUGCCCCAACAACGCUGGCCUCCUGGGAGCCUCGUCCCCCAUGUCUGUCAAGGAAGAAUUUCUGCCUUAGCCUUUCCAGGCCUGGGGCUGGAGUCUGGGGGUUCAGGUGCUGGCAACUCAGCUUCUACUGGGUUCUAAGAGGCCUGGUGUGAGUACCAGCCUUGCCACUGACCUUUGGGGUCACCAGAGACAAGCCACCCAUACAUUCCUGAACCCCUUGACCUGUACCCUUGACUGUGCAUGAGGUCUCAGACUCCUGGGGGUGUCUCAAGGCCCAGUGGCUGCAGGGGAGGAAAAGAUAAGUUCCCAGGCCCUUCUCCUACUUCCCCAACAGAUUCAUGGGGUGAAAUGGGGGUGGGGGGCUGCACUAGGGACCUGGCUGAACCUGGAGGUCGGGGAUAUGGGUCAGAGAAGAUGGCAUGCCCCCAGACCAUCUGGAGGGGCCAGGGCAGGGGUGCGGUCAGCUCUGCCUUCUUCCUGCAGCCUUACCUGUAUACCUACCCCAUCCUGGCUGUUCUGACUCACUCCAGCUUGGAGGCUGACAGCACUGGGCCUGAGAGAGAGGCUCUACCACCAUCUUUAGCUAUUCCCCUGAACUCCCAGGAGGCCUCAGGACAGAGGGGAAGCUCCUGCUGGGAGAAGGAGUCAGAAGCUUCUACCACCAGCUGCCUGCCACUGGCUCCUAGCUCCCACUAAGCCGUCCAUCAUGACCCAGCAAGCCUGUUUCUAUGGACCAAGUGGAACUUGCCACUGGACAAGUGUUACAUAGACAGAGAGAGAGUGGAAUCUCUUGGAAACAGCUUCA